UUUUUUUUUGUUUGAAAAAAUACUAAAUUGCUAGAUUUUUUACAAACAAUUUAUAAAAAGAUCAUUGGAUUCCUUGACUCUUCUUCUACACGUCUUUACUCUUUUACGUGGGUCAUGAUUUAUGAGCCACACACAUAAAAAUAAACUUUUUUUUUUCUUUUAUCUCUUCUUCAGAUCUGAAAGCUUUGUGAUCAUUUUUUUCUUUGAUGUUAUCCAUGGCUUCUUCUUCUUCAUCUCUGUCUCGCAGUUGGUUGUAUCACAUCUUCCUAAGCUUCCGUGGACUAGACGUGCGCAAAGGCUUCCUAAGUCACGUUCUGAAAGAGCUCAAAAGCAAGGGAAUCAUACCUUUCAUUGAUGACGAGAUCAAGCGAGGCGAAUCUGUCGGUCACGUGCUUGUAGGAGCGAUCAGACAAUCAAGGGUAGCCAUUGUCUUGCUCUCCCGUAACUACGCUUCUUCAAGCUGGUGUCUAGAUGAGUUGGUGGAAAUCAUGAAGUGCAGGGAAGAGGUUGGUCAAACAGCGAUGACCAAUUUCUACGAAGUGGAUCCAUCUGAUGUUAGGAAACAGACCGGAGAUUUUGGAAAAGCCUUUGAUGAAACCUGUGUGGGAAAAACAGAAGAGGUGAAGCAGGCAUGGAGGACAGCUUUGAAAGAUGUCGCGGGUAUAGCUGGUUGUCACUCCAGCAACUGUGACAAUGAAGUUGACGGGUCUUGCUGGCAGAAGGCAAUAUUAAUCUCGGGGAUCACAAUGAUGACGAUGAUGAGAAUUUAUUGAUGACGGGUGUGUCUUGUUGCGUCAGGGGUAAACAGAAUGGACUCAUUUUCCAAUAUGGAUCAAACCAGCUCCAUCAUAUACCAACUCGAUAUGAGCUUUUAGAGCAUCUUUAUAUAUUUGAAGAUUAUUUCUCUCUAAACCAGGAUUUCCCUGAAGCCGAAGAAGCUACUCUGAGCAAGCUUUCUUUUCUGUUCAGAGUCCAUGACAAAACCUGGAAGGUCAAAGGCUGCGGUGUACAACCUGCGGAUCAAUUGGUGACAAUUCAUUCUGGAGGAGUGUUGUUAAAGGGUGAGUUUUGGAUUCGAGACUCACCAAAACCUAAUUAUGGAGUCAGAGAGAACUAAUAAGGGAGGGGUUAGGGUCGAUGCGCUGUAGCGCUGUGAGCCGGAUUCCGAGUGAGCAGGAUGAGUUGUCACAAAAAAAUCGACUUUAUAUGUGACAACCCGUCCCAUGGACCCACCCGUCCGUAGAUCCCAGACUCACAGCGCUGCAGCGUAUUGACCCCAACCCUUCCCUUAUAAGUUCUCAAUAACUCCAUAAUUAGGUUGUUGGUGCGCUUCGAACCCAUAACCUCACAUUUUAAUAGCAUUCCUACAGAACAAUCUGUCACCAAUUGACAGUCUAGGAUCUACGGGACGGGUGAGUCCACAGGACGGGUUGUCACAUGAACUUAAACUGUAAUAGAAAAUUGUUCAAAAAAAAAACUGUAAUAGAAAUGUGGCGCUUGUAAGAAAAGGAAAGGAAAGAUUGCAGUA